CUGUCAUGUGACCUGUCCAGUCUCCGAGGUGGCGUUCUAGCCGUCGUGGAUGCUGGUUGGCGGCAGUAGAGGAGACCGGUGUGUGAGGAGAGUGACGGGACACGGGUACUGGAGGGGAGCCUACCGGAUUGGAUGGGCUGAGUUUGCUGGGGAGUAACGGAGUGAGAGGCCAGAGAAAGAAUCCCCAUAUCCGGGGGCCGGAGACAGCCGGGCAGCAUGGUGGAAUACGUCGUGGAGUACGACUAUGAUGCGGUACACGAUGACGAAUUAACCAUACACGUCGGUGACAUCAUCCGCAAUGUGAAGAAGCUGGAGGAGGAGGGCUGGCUGGAGGGCGAGCUUCACGGGAGACGAGGCGCCUUUCCUGAUAACUUUGUUAAGGAAGUGAAGAAGGAUCCCGAAGUAACGGAAGACCAAAUACCCGCCAAACGGGAGAAAGCUGGGAAUGUAGCCAGUCUGGUCCAGCGCAUCAGCGUGUACGGCAUUCCGGGACUGGGACCCCCACCCCCGACCAAGUCUCUCAAGAAAAAGUCGAAAAAGAGACAAUGUAAAGUCCUCUUCGAGUACAUUCCCCAGAACGAAGACGAGCUGGAGCUCAAGGUGGGAGAAGUGCUGGACAUCAUCGAAGAGGUCGAGGAAGGGUGGUGGAGCGGGAGCAACAACGGAAAAUCCGGCCUGUUUCCAUCCAACUUUGUGAAAGAGCUGGAGCCGUCAGAUGACGGGGAGAGCCAGGACCUCCUCGAAGAGUCAGCUGAGCCGGGGGCCGUUACGGCCUCCCCUGCCUCCCCGGUACUCUCCCCGGGGAAUGGGCCGGAGGCGUCCCCCUCCCCUGUGGCUCCGCCAAAGAAGAUCAUCGGCGUCGGGUUUGGAGAUAUUUUCAAAGAUGGCUCGCUGAAGCUUAGACCAAGGAUGGCAAAUUCUGACUCGGACUUCAAAAGGGUCGAGAAGCCGUUGCCCACCCCACCUUCAGGUUCUAGAUUAUUCCGCACCUCGAGCUCUGAACUCUCCCGGGCGGAGACGGACAGCAAGCCUAAAGCCAAAGAGACCUGCCGAGCGCUGUUUGCCUACAUGGGAGUCAACGAUGACGAGCUUACCUUUAAAGAAGGGGACAUAAUCCAGAUCAUAAGCAAAGACACCGGGGACCCGGGCUGGUGGAAAGGAGAGCUGAACGGUAAAGAAGGAGUCUUCCCCGAUAACUUUGCAGCCAUGAUCCCGGAUUCCGAAAAAGAAAAACCAAAGAAGCCCCCACCUCCUAGUAAAAGCCCAGCACCAAAGCCGGAACUUCGCAUCAGCGAGAAGAAGUUUACCCCGACCAAACCGGAAGACAAAGAUGAAAAGCCAUCUCUGGAUUCUAAGCCUUCCAAACCAGCCGCCCCUCAGGUACCCCCCAAGAAACCCUCCCUCUCAAACAAGUCGAAUAGCCUGUUGAAGUCCGUCUCCAUCCCACCCAAACGACCCGAAAAGCCAGCCUUACCGGUACCUACAUCCAAACCCAACGGGGAAUCUCCUCUCACUCGACCCAAAUCAGAACCUGAGCCGCUUAGUAAAAUGAAGAUGGACCUGGAGCAGAUUCUGAGCCGGCCAAAAUCCGUAGAAGUCGAGCCGUGUGCCGCUAAAAGCCCCAGAGAACACGAUCCGCUGAGUUUUGAUGAUGUGCUGCCUACCUCAGAGAACUUAUCGCACCCGACCGCAAGCAGACCAAAGAUGCCCGGAAAGCGAUUGCCCGGCCGGUUUAACGGCUGCCCUCCCCCUGACGCUAAAGAUUCAGCCGAAAUCGUAAAGGUUGCUAAAGAGGAGGAGGAUGAAAGUGCCAAAGUGAAGACCCCUGAAGUUAAGAAGCCACCUGUUUCCAUCUCGACUCCACCUGUAUUCACUCCCACGCCUUCCGUCGCUGCCACUUCCGUUCUCUCGCCUUCCGUCACAGCGCCUUCUGUUUUCUCGCCUUCCGUCACCACCCCGACGUCUUCUCUUGCCAAGUUCUCCAGUCCCCUGAGCCCGGCUGCUGCGGACGUUAGAGGGAAAGCGGAUGUAACCGACGGUAAAAAGAACGAAGUGGAGGAACUGAAAUCCCAGAUCUGCGAACUCCUCACUAUCGUGGACGCGCUCCGGAAGGAACACCGGAAAGAGCUGGAUAAGAUAAAGAAAGACCUGGAGGAGGAGAAAUUGUUGCGUACCAGCCUGGAGGGUGAGAUUGACCGGCUGAAGAAGGCCAUCCAUCUGACAUGAAACAUCGCCUUCCUGUAAUAAUCCGAUCUGGACAUCGGAACCUCACACCGCGAUGGAAGCUGGUUCAACACUUACUGGCAUUUUUCUUAUAUAAAAAACAAACAAACAAACUUUUAUAUAUAAUUUUAUUUCCUUUUUUUUUUUGCCAAUAAGAUAAAGCGGCCUUACUUCUCACUGUGCUGGAAUAGCGGACCUUUUUGUCGGUUUGCUUAAAAAUACUACUGAACUUAUGUGUAAAGAGAGGGAAUUCUGUAUUAGACUUUUAUCAAGUACUUUACGUCAUUUUUAAAUAUGUUUAAUGCUCAGAAUACGGUGAUAUAUCUUUACAAAUCUGUAAUAUAGGUGGGGGUGGGGAGGGGGGACAAAAUAGCCUUCUUGUAACGGUAGCUUCGACUUUUCCUGCUCUCGGAAAGCGAUUACGACAAUGAUAUAUAUAUUAUAUUUUUUUUGUAUAUUUUUACCCUUUAUUUCCCUCCCCAGGACCACACACUGUUGUGCCUGUCUGCAGUCAGAGUAUUAAUAACCGAUCUGUGUAUAUUUAGAUUUCUAUCGGAUAGUACCUAUGUGUUCAUACUGUAUGUAGGAAGCGAAUCACCUAUGCACAAUAGUAACAAUGUUUAGUAUUUUUUUUAUAUAUGUAUAUGAGAAAUCAGGUCACUUGCACUAAAAAAAUUUACAAGGGAUCCGCGUUAGAUGCGCUUCUGGCUUUGGGCCUCGAUUGCACUUAAACACUGGAUAAUUCUGUAGACUCUUUAUAAGUAUAUAGAAGUAUCAUUCCUGUCUGCUCCUGUAAUUUUUCUCCUAAUAGCAUUUCUCCUAUUUUUAUAUUUCAAAAUAAUCUGCAACAAUACAGUUCA